AUGGACUCGCAGGAUGAUGAGAAGAGUCCUAAGAGUCCAGGACUCCGAGGACUCAACUUCUGCUGUAGUGAUCGCGACCAGUCUCCACGCCGGCCUAGAUCAUCACAACAAGGCCGAAUCAGUCAGGAAGAUUGUGCCUAUCGCAGGCAAGCUAAGCCUGAAUUCGAUAAUAAUACCCCUGAGGAGAUGCUGCCGCAGCAGCAAGACGAAGAAGAUAAUAUCAAUAGCGAUGGCAAUGGAAUACAACAGUCAGACGAAAAUACGGCGAGGGUAGCGCCAAUAACUGAAAUGGGCGACGAACUCCAUCUCCCCGCAAGUGUGAUUAGAAGGACCAGCUUAGCCAAGCGCCACAGGAUCCUCCACCCCCGCAGUCCAUCCCUGGAGCCAAGCCUAGAACAAGCGACAAGCAACAGCUACAAUUACAGCGACGACAAGCUCAGUACCACCGAAGCUGAGUCAGAUGAGAGCGACCGAAGGCGAUUGUAA